AAUUUCAUUGGGCUUAACCAACAACCAUAAACUUCCCGUAAUCCCUGUUAUCCCUAACCAACGAACAGCAACACAACUUUUAUUUUUUAAAUGAAACUAUACAAAGUUUAUUUCCGGGUGAAGAGGACAGGAAGGAGACUGCCUGGCCUGCUAAACAGACACUGACAUGGCAGCCAAUGGAGCGAGCUGUGAACAGCCUCAGAAACGUGUAGGAGCUAAAGACAAACAGAAUGGAAACUCCACAGACUCGUCCGUCAGAGAAAGGAGACAGAAGGACAAGGAGGAGCGCCUGUCUCUGGUGUUGUGGAGAAGGCCCAUCACCACACUACACUACUUUCUCCUAGAGACCCUCAUCAAGCUAAAAGAGUGGACAUUAAAGCUGUGGCGACGGCGAGGCACAGUGUUCUUGUUUUUGGUGUUGUGUUCUCUCUUCUCCAUUGCAUACUCCACUGAGGGAGCACACCAGAAAUAUGUCCAGUACCUGGAGAAGAAGUUCCUAUGGUGUGCCUACUGGGUUGGUCUUGGGAUCCUGUCCUCAGUGGGCCUUGGGACUGGCCUGCACACCUUCCUUCUCUAUCUGGGUCCUCACAUAGCGUCAGUGACACUGGCGGCAUACGAGUGCAGCUCCACAGACUUCCCAGAGCCUCCUUACCCGGACCAGAUCGUCUGUCCACAAAGCGGAGGGGUGGAGGGCAGCAUUUCUCUCUGGUCCAUCAUGUCAAAGGUCCGCCUGGAGGCCUGCAUGUGGGGUGCAGGCACAGCCAUCGGGGAGCUGCCUCCAUAUUUCAUGGCAAGAGCGGCCCGUCUGUCGGGAGCUGACCCAGAUGACGAGGACUACGAGGAGUUUGAGGAGAUGCUGGAGCAGGCUGAGACUGCACAGGAUUUCGUCACAAGAGCAAAACUGGGAGUGCAGAAUAUGGUACAGAAAGUGGGAUUCUUCGGGAUCUUGGCUUGUGCAUCAAUCCCCAAUCCCCUGUUUGAUCUGGCUGGAAUAACCUGUGGGCAUUUCAUGGUGCCCUUUUGGACCUUCUUCGGAGCUACACUGAUUGGGAAGGCCAUCAUCAAGAUGCACAUACAGAAACUAUUUGUUAUCAUUACUUUCAGCAAGCACAUAGUGGAGCAGAUGGUGUCACUUAUUGGGUCUGUGCCCAAAGUAGGACCAUCCCUUCAGAAGCCCUUCAGUCAGUAUCUGGAAGCACAGAGGAACAAGCUGCACCAUGCUGGGGAAGGUGCACCAGCGGGUGAGAACUGGCUGUCGUGGGUGUUUGAGAAGGUGGUGCUGGUCAUGGUCUGCUACUUCGUCUGUUCCAUCGUCAACUCCAUGGCCCAAAGCUACGCCAAGCGGCUGCAGCAGCAGAGGCACUCAGAGGAGAAAACCAAGUGAUGACAAGACCAAGUGUUACCAGGCAUCCCAAGUGACUGUGUUUCUGCUGCUGCUGAGAGGGCCUUCCGCUCAGCCACAGCCUCUCAAAACUUAACAGCAGACCUCGCCCUCGUCCAUUCUCAACAGGAGGCUGAACGUUUCAAAAACCAGGCACUAUUUGUUCUGUGUGUGCUUUUUCGGGGAUGUAUGUGCUGUUUGUUCUGUUUGUCCCUCUUUGGGUUUUGUAGUCCUCCCUCCCCUGUCAUCUCGCUCUCUAGGUGUGUGUAGUGUGAUUGGUUCUCCUGCUGAUGGUAAGAUGUUAUUUUAACAAUUAUAAUUAACCCUUUCAUAGACCUCAGAAGUAAAGCAGCAGCCUGGUAGUGACUGCCAUUUGCAGGCAGGUGCCAUCAGCUGCUAUGCCUUAUGCAAGAUGGAGGGUUCGACUUCCAUUAAAUACAGUUCUUGAUUUAUAGACUUGAUUAUUUAAUUUUCUAACGUUUACGUGAGGAUGGAUCUUAAUUUGUUUGUACAAUGUGCUACUGUUAUGAAUGUUUAAAAUGAUUUCGUUUUUUUCUGUUCAGGGUUUAAUUAAUUUUCCUCAUGUUUUUUGUCCUGUUUAACAGUAAGGUUAAUUUGUUUUUUGUUUUUUUUUCCUGGAAUUUGUCAUCAACUUAAAAGGUAAAAAAGCAAUAUCAAGUUGGAACAAUGUGGUAUUGAUUGUUUGCACAUCAUGUAAAUAUCUAAAUAUCUUUUUUUGACAGUAUGCGCACAUGUAUUUCUAUUCUAAUGGUCUGUCUAGUUAUAACUGAACUUGAACCAAAACAACAAAAAAGUGAUAUCAUUUGUAAAGUGACAUUGUACACUCAGCUGACUAGUCCCAUUUCUAGUAUGUACAUCUAGGUUGAACCUUGGAUCAGAUCAUAUAUAAAAUGUGUAAAUCAUUGCACUUGUU